AGCCUCUACCUUGCCCCGCGAUCCCAUCGCAAGUCGCGCCAGAGGCGGAGCCAUCUGCCUGGCCUUUCCGGUGCCCGUCCCUGGCGGGGCGGAGAAGACGGGAGGGCUGCGUCGCGCUCUGACGCCCUCCCCGGGCGGCGAGCCAUGAUGACGUCAGCGAAGCCCGCCCCUCGGUCUGCGACGGGUUUCGGAGCCGCGCCGGAGCAUGAGCCUUGUGUAGAAGAUUGUGGGUGGAAAGGUUCAUUGAUUGUAAGAAGGCUGAUGCAUCAGGAAGCCCUCUGUCCAGGCACCGGGAUCUUACGGAAGCCAUUUGAAUUCUCAAGACGACUUCUGAAAGUGGAAAGCUGCGGCAUAACUGAAUUACAAUCUUUGAUUCCACUAGCUUGGACAUCGUUGACACAGAAGCUUAGGAAAGCACCUGGUAUUUCCUUAAUGGAUCAAAGAAAAAGAUUCUCAACCAUGCCAGAAAUAGAAACAAAUGAUAGAGACUUUGAAUUGUUUUCACCACCCUCUGAUGUUCAAGGCAUGACAGAGCUUGAUAGAACAGCUUUUAAAAAGACAGUCACCAUUCCAGUGCUUAAAGUGAAGAAAGAAAUAGUCAAUAAAUUGAUGCGAUCACUUAAAAGGGUGACACUGCAGCGCCCAGGCAUAAAACGUGUGAUUGAAGAUCCAGAAGAUGAAGAAAGUAGACUAAUUAUGCUGGAUCCCUAUAAAAUGUUUACUCAAGAUCCUUUUGAGAAAGCAGAACUCAGUAUUUUAGCACAGUUUAAUGUCAUACCACAGAUAUCUGAGUAUAAUUUGGAACUAACUUAUGAAAACUUUAAGUCAGAAGAAAUCUUAAAAGCUGUGCUUCCUGAAGGUCAAGAUGUGACUUCAGGGUUUAGCAGAGUUGGACACAUUGCACAUUUGAACCUUCGAGAACAUCAGCUACCUUUCAAGCAUUUAAUUGGCCAAGUUAUGAUUGACAAAAAUCCAGGGAUCACCUCAGCAGUAAAUAAAAUCAAUAAUAUUGACAAUACAUACCGAAAUUUCCAAAUGGAAGUACUCUCUGGAGAGGAGAACAUGAUGACUAAGGUUCGAGAAAAUAACUACACCUAUGAAUUUGAUUUUUCAAAAGUCUAUUGGAAUCCUCGUCUUUCUACAGAACAUAGCCGUAUCACAGAACUUCUCAAAUCUGGGGAUGUCCUAUUCGAUGUUUUUGCUGGUGUUGGACCCUUUGCCAUUCCAGUAGCAAAGAAAAACUGCACUGUAUUUGCCAAUGAUCUCAAUCCUGAAUCCUAUAAAUGGCUGUUGCACAAUUGUAAAUUAAAUAAAGUGGACCGAAAGGUGAAAGUCUUCAACUUGGAUGGGAAAGACUUCCUCCAAGGACCAGUCAAAGAAGAGUUAAUGCAGCAGCUGGGACUGUCAAAAGGAAGGAAGCACUCUGUGCACAUUGUCAUGAACUUGCCAGCAAAGGCCAUAGAGUUUCUUGGUGCUUUCAAGUCACUUUUAGAUAGGCAGCCAUGCAGCAGCGAGGUCCUUCCCACAGUGCACUGUUACAGCUUUUCCAAACAUGCUAAUCCUGCUGAGGAUGUUCGGCAACGAGCUGGAGCUGUGUUAGGCGUGUCCUUGGAGGCCUGCAGCUCAGUUCACCCAGUAAGAAAUGUGGCCCCUAACAAGGAAAUGCUGUGCAUCACCUUCCAGAUCCCUGCUUCUGUGCUCUACAAGAAUCAGAGCGUGAAUCGAGAGAAUCAUGAAGAUCCACCUAUUAAACGACAAAAGACAGAUGAAGGCUUUCCAGAAGAAAAAACACAGAUUGCUCCAAAUACUUAAUUGGAAGUGUUUUCUCCAUCUCCCCACAAGCCUUUUGUAUGAUUAUAAUUUAUAUGAUUUAAUAAAAUUUUAGCAUCCAGGUACUUAACUCUUAAACUCUUUGUACUUUGCCCUGGUGUCUUAUAUACUAAAGAUUGUCAAACUAAACUUUAACUUGAGAAAUAAACACAAAAUCCUGAAACUCCCCCAACUUCUUUGGCAAGAGGACCCCAGAGGAACCUUCUGAAUUCCUGACCAUGAUGAGACGGACACACCUCAUUAUACCCCCUCUCUUUUGCAGCAUAGACACAACUGACGAGAACUGAUGUUAAAAUAGAGUUCAUAAGCUUAAGGAAAUGCACUCUUUGUGUCAGUAAGAUACCAUUUCAUGAACAAGAUGUAAGGCCAUGCCAGGCAAAGGUUUAGUCACAUACCCUUACAUCUGAAUAAACCAUAUUCUAAUUGUCAAAAAGUUUUUCUUUUUCUCUAGCAGCUAAACAAGCUUUGGCAGUAUUAAAAUAAUUAUGUAAGAAUUCAUCCAUAGCUGACUAACUGACCUCCUUACUCCACAAAUUAUGGACAAGAGAAUGAUUUCAGUAAAUUUCACCUGCUGAGAGACCAUCAACUGUAGACUGUUUCUAGCGGGUUUACAAGGCUAUGCACUUGAAUGCCUUUGUGUCGCUGCUUCACCCCCUUUUGACAUAUGGGGCCCAACUGUAAUACAUUUAAAGUCUUCACCCCAAAGUAAACAUAGGGUACAUCACAUGUAACUUACAUGUUUGCCUUUCAAACAUUCAUUAGGACCCCCUUCAUAAAUAAUCAUAGCUCCUAUCACUUGCUGAAUAUGUAUAUUUGGCCAACCGUGUCAUCAUAAAGGUUCUACACCAACCUCUCCUUCAAAGUGUAUGUUUCUGGGCUUCACCAGAGGCUUAUGCUUUCCAGCUUAUCAGGACAGCCACCUUGUAGGCUGCAAGGCUUUAUAAGAACGUCUCCUUUCUAAAUUUAUAAAUUUGUAAUUUUCAUGUGGAUAUUUUGAAAUAAGUCCACUAAAUAUAUUCUUUAUUAUCUAAAUUAUAUAUCAUAAUUAUAUAAUUAUAUAUUUUAUAAUCUAUUUAAUUUUCAUUAGAUAAAAUAUGCUUAAAUAUCUCUCUUGGAAAAUAGGAAAAUGGCAUGCUAACUAGGAAGGCACUAACUUUGUAGUUAUCCUUAGUUGAAGAGUAUAGCUAAAUUUUAUAUAACUACUACCAAUUAACUAUCACUAUAAAAAUAAUACAAAAUGAGAUUUAGAUUACGGUAGGGAAAUAUAUCUGCAGGAAAAAUCUAACCCACCACCUGUUUUUGUAUGGGGUGUAACCUAAGAAUGUUCUUACAUUGGCAAAUGGGUGAAAAAGAUUGGAAAGAAUAACAUUUCUUGAUGUGGAAUUGUAUGACCUCUAUUAUGUAUCAAUUUUAAAAAGUAAAAAAGAACUGAAAUUUGAGUUUCAGGGUUCUUAAACUUUAUUGGUACGUACCGUGCUCAUUUCUUUACAUACUGUCUACAGCUGCGUUCUGGAUACAACAGCAGAGUCGAGUGGUUGCAAUACAGACUGGAUGUGACUCAUCACUUCACACUGCUGCUUGGCACACUACAAAUCAUAGUGACACGGUUGUAACUCAGUAGCAUGUUGAGUGCCCUGUAUAUCACCAACCUACCUUGUAUUAUUUUUAUUACCAGUGCAUAUCCAUCAUGUCAAAACAAGAAAAGUGGACUUUGCUGUAAUUUCAAGGGAUAGUGGGAUAUGAAUUAUUUUGAUACUGAAUUAGAUGACACAGAAUCAAUAGCUGAGCUAAAAGAAUAAAAUAAAUAUUGACAUUAUCCAACAAAGCAUCCCCACAGUAUUCUCAACUGAUAGGCAGUGAUAGGCAGGCAACUGUCUGAAAACUUAGAAGAUUAAAAUGGAAAUACCACAUCAAGCAAAAUUUCUUCACAAAAUGAAAACGAGGCUGCAAACUAGGUCCAAGUGACUAUAAUUUGUUAGCCAAAGAAAGCUAUAUACUGAUGAUGAGUUAAUUGCAUAAGAGUACAGCAGCUAAUGAAAUGGGUCUAGAAAAAAUUUGUUUAAGACUCUUGACCUGGUGGCGCCCAUAGCUCAGUUGGCAAGGACACCAGCCACAUACACCUAGGGUGGCGCGUUUGAACCCAGCCCGGGCCUGUUUAGCAACAAUGACUACUGCAACCAAAAAAUAGCCGGGCGUUGUGGCAGGCGCCUAUAGUCCCAACUACUUGGGAGACUGAGGCAAGAGAGUAACUUCAGUCCGAGGUUGCUGUGAGCUGUGACGCCACAGUACUCUACCAGGGUGACAACUUGAGACUUUGUCUCAAAAAAAAAAAGAAAAAGAAAAAAAGACUCUUGACCUUACGGCAAGAACAGUUGCUUAAAGAUUUAAGGACCUUGAGAGCAACAUCAACAGUCAAUUAAAAGGAUAAAUGAUUCUCAGUGGUUCUUUGACUCUUUAUGAAUUGACCAAUGUCAUUAAUACUAACUCAGUUCUUGUUCAUUUGAGGCAUUAAUGUCAAGUUUGAAGUGACUGAAAGGUUAGCCUUUGAAUAUUCCAUGGAACAACUAUGAGUGGAUAUUUUCAAAGAGGUUGAGAAAACACUAAUUCUGUACAACCUAAAGUAUGGCUUGGCGCUCGUAACACAGGGGUUAUGGAGCCAGCCACAUACACCAAGGCUGGCGGGUUUGAACCCGCCCCAAGCCAGCUAAAACAACGAUGACAACUGCAACAAAAAUAGCCAGGUGUUGUGGCGGGUGCCUGUAGUCCCAGCUACUUGGGAGGCUGAGGUCAGAGAAUUGCUUAAGCCCAAGAGUCUGAGGUUACUGUGAGCUGUGAUGCCAUUGCACUCUACUGAGGGCAACAGAGUGAGACUCUGUCUUAAAAUAAAUAAAUAAAUAAAAAGAAAAAGGGAUUAGUUUGAGAAGUUUACAAAGCUCAAAAAAAAUUUAAGGAGUUUAAGUCUAUGGAGUUUAAGUUCAAUAUAUUUAUUAUACAACAGCAAGUAUCCUGCAGAAAAUGUUUGAAUCUAUCAUGUGUUACCGAACCAGUAUUGCCAGUGAUACACUCUUCUUUGAUGACUUUAAACAUCCUCAAUUCUUUGAAUUUUGUCAGAAAUUAAAGCUGAUUAUCCUGACUUAAGUUUGAUUUGUUUAGCAAUUGUAAACUGUGAUUGCAAUUUUUUAACUGGGGGCCAAGGCUGAAAUUUUUCUUAACUGGAAGAACUACCCUUAAACACUUUUCUUGAACACUAAAUGACUUUGAAAAUUAUCUUUUGUUG